CGCGCGCGCUGGCCCAGCCAACGAGGAGGCAGCGCGGGCUUCGGCGCUCGGGCAGUCGCGAUGUCCGGCUCCGAGCGCCGGCGUCCUGCAGGCUGCCGGAGGUCCUGGGCCGAGCUGCUGGCGGGCCGGGCCGGGCGGCCGCGGCGCAGUCCUGGACGCGAGCAGAAGCUGAGGGACUCCGCCGUGCGGCUCCUGAGCGGCCGCCAGGACGUGGGCGGCCUCUUGGUGGAGGUCGGCAGGGCCGGGUCUGCGUUCCGGGGGGACGAAGACCGCGGCCAGCGGCUCCGAGGCCCGCGCGCAGCGCUUGGGGACACUGGUCGGCUCUGCUUUGCGGGAUGAGGCCUCCCGGCUGGGGGUUCCCGCAGGGCUGCUGUCAGCCAGGAUGGUGGCCGCCGGCGUGGUGCGGAUCUGUGCCCAGGGGGCAGCGGCGGAGCCUGGGGACCGUGUGCUGUUGGACACAGAGCAGAGAAGGGACCUGGCGUCCUUGCUGGAGACGGCGCAGAGCCUGCUGGCGCAGGGCACCUUCUCCCGCCGUCGCUUCUGUCAGGAGCUGUGGAGAGAACAGGACUCUCUGCUGCUCGAAGCCCUGUGGCGUCUUCACACACAGAACCUCGUGAGUCUGCAGGAGCUGCUGGAGAGCCACCCCGACAAGCAGGCCGUGGCGGCGUGGCUCUUCAGGAAGCUGCGCCUUCUCUGUGAACAGACGGAGUCCGCUCCCUCUGCCGAGGUCGCCGGAGCUGUGCUCUCCGAUUUUGUGCAAAUCUUUGUUUCGACGGGAUUUAGUGAAAACUCAGCUCAGAGGAGACGCGGGGAGCCUGAGAAGAUGCCCCAGGUCGCCCUGGACGUGCUGCACAGGAUGCUGGCCUUUGGCCUGGACGCAGUGGCAGCCGGCACUCAGGAGGAGUCCUCGGCACACAAGGCAGCGAGGUGCUGGCUCAGCGCUUGCUGUGGACGCACGCUCUGUGGGAUGGUUCCAGGGGACGCGCCGAGAAGGUUUGCCAGUGACACGCUGACGCAGACACUCACCUACAACCCUGUGCUGAAAGUGUCCGACGCCAUUGAGAGGCAGAGAGAGUGGAGUUUCGCCAGGACCCACCCGCUGCUCACCGCCUUGUACCGCGGGCUCUUCGUGAUGCUGAGCGCCGAGGAGCUGCUCGGCUGUGUGCGGGAGGCUCUGGAGUCCCAGGAGGUCCACUGGCAGCGUGUGCUGGGCUGCGUGUCUGCCCUGGUCGUCUGCCUCCCAGAAGCGCGGCAGCUGCUCAGCGACUGGGUGGCCCAUCUGAUGGCCCGGGCGUUUGAAAGCUACCACCUGGACAGCAUGGUCACGGCCUUCCUGGUUGUGCGUCAGGCUGCGCUGGAGGGGCCCGCCUUGUUUCCGUCGUACGGAGACUGGUUCAAGGCCUCCUUUGGGAGCACACGUGGCUACCACGGCAGCAGCAAGAAGGCACUGGUCUUCCUCUUCAAGUUCCUGUCCGACCUCGUGCCCUUUGAGGCCCCGCGGUGCCUGCAGGUACACAUUCUCCACCCGCCGCUGGUUCCAGACAAGUACCGCUCCCUGCUCUCCGACUACGUCUCGCUGGCCAAGACGCGGCUGGCUGACCUCAAGGUUUCCAUAGAAAACAUGGGGCUUUACGAGGACUUGGCAUCAGCCGGGGACAUAGCAGAGCCCGACAGCCAAGCAGCCCAGGACGUCGCAAAGGCCGUGUCAGUGUUUGAGCACACGGGGAAAAUCCCAGUCACCGUCAUGGAGGCCAGCAUAUUCCGGAGAUCUUACUACACGGGCCACUUCCUCCCUGCCCUGCUCACGCCGCGAGUGCUCCCAGCGACCCCUGAUCCGCGCAUGGCUUUCAUAGACUCUCUGAGGAGAGUGGGGAAGAUCCCGCCGUCUCUGUACGCCACCUACUGCCACGCCUGCUCCACGGCCGGAGAGAAGCUGCCAGAGAAUGCAGCCCCGGGAAGGGGGACCGAGCCUGGCUGUGCUGAGGAGCCCCUGGGGUCACUCCGAGCUGCACUGGGAGAGCUCAGAGCUGCCAUGGCGGACCCCGCCCAGUAUGACGUUGUGUCUGCCCAGGUGGCUGUGGUCUCUGAAAGGCUGAGUGCGGCUUUGGGCCCCAGAGAGGAGGACGGCAUCUUGGAGGCGGCAAAGGUUCAGCUCAGCGUCCUUGCUCCAGAGCUCGAGAGGCGAGAGCAGGAGGCCGUGGACCUCCUGCUCAUGUCUUUUUGUCAGAACCUGAUGGUGGCCUCCAGCUUUGCACCACCAGAGAGGCAGGGCGCCUGGGCUGCCCUCUUCACGAGGACCCUGUGUGGACGCACUCUGCUCCCUGCCACGCUCACGCGGCUGUGCCAGCUGCUUCGUCACCAGGGCCCGAGCCUCAGUGCCCCGCAUGUGCUGGGGCUGGCCGCCCUGGCUGUCCACCUGGGCGAGUCCAGGUCCACGCUUCCAGAGGUGGAGCUGGGUGCUCAUGCCCCUGCCAGCAGCCUCCCCGUCCCUGACUUCUUGGACAGCCUCCUGACCUGCGGGACCGGCGAGUCUCUGCUCUUCUGCCUGAA